AUGCCAAGAGAGGCGCCUCCGCCGCUCCUUUCUCAUGGAAAUGGCCCGCGGCCCGCGCCCCUCCCGCGGGGACCCGCGCCCUGCGGCUGCCCCGCGCCCGGGAAGCGCCCGGCGAACAAUGCGCCCGCCCGGAGGGCGGCCCAGCUGCCGGCCGGGAUCUGGCCGCGGACACAAAGGGGCCCGCACGCCGGACGCCGCGGGGCGGGUGGGGGCGGCCGCGCCGGCCACGUGCGUCCGCAGCCCGGGACCCCGGAGCGGGAGCGGGCGGCACGGACCGCAAGACAAAGGGAGGGCGCCGGGGGCCCGGGCCGGGCGCGCCGGGGAAGCGGGCGGCCCGCCACCCGCGGACGGGCCGGGAGCUGUCCGCGGUGCUGGCGGCGGAGCCGCCCCGCGGGACGGGGCGCACGGGCAGAGCGCGCCCCCGGGCGCCGCGCGCCCCCACCCACCCGGGGCUCCCUGGACGGUUGCCGCGGCAACGGGGGCGGGGCCGCGAGGGCCGGGGUCCCGGCGCAGGCCGUCCCGGGCCGCCGGGCGGGGCUAGGGCUGGGCGAGGGGACCCGCAUCCGCACUCGCAUCCGCAAAGGCCGCUCGGGCGCGGCGCCGCCCCCCCCAUCCCGGCUCUGCGGGGCACGAGGCACUGGCUCCUGGAGCUGUCCAGCUGCUCAACGGAAGCUCAUUACUUGGGCCUCACCUGGCCUGGCUGCAGCCAGUGCCUGUCCACCCUGUGGGCCCAUCUGUCACAGGGUGGCUGAUGCCAGCACACAGCAAGUCCUCGGGCAGAAGCUCAGCACCACCAACCUUUGCACCAUCCGGCCUCCGCUGGCCGUCACACAGAGGCGGGUGGACUCUGCUCCACAGCCUCCGCUGGCCGUCACACACAGGCGGGUGGACUCUGCUCCACAGCCUCCGCUGGCCGUCACACACAGGCGGGUGGACUCUGCUCCACAGCCUCCGCUGGCCGUCACACAGAGGCGGGUGGACUCUGCUCCACAGCCUCCGCUGGCCGUCACACACAGGCGGGUGGACUCUGCUCCACAGCCUCCGCUGGCCGUCACACAGAGGCGGGUGGACUCUGCUCCACAGCCUCCGCUGACCGUCACACAGAGGCGGGUGGACUCUGCUCCACAGCCUCCGCUGGCCGUCACACAGAGGCGGGUGGACUCUGCUCCACAGCCUCCGCUGGCCGUCACACAGAGGCGGGUGGACUCUGCCUGCUCCACAACCUCCGCUGGCCGUCACACACAGGCGGGUGGACUCUGCCCGCUCCACAGCCUCCGCUGA